ACCAUGGCUGCAGCGGUUUAGGGGGGCGCUGCAUCUGCACAGACCCAGAGGGGUGCCAUCAAAAGACAACAUCACAUCACAAGGAAGAAAUAGGUGGUUUCAGCUUGAAGGAAGGGGGGAAGACGCCCUUGUGAAAAAAUCUUUAGAAAAACCCUGUAAACUCUGGAAACGGAUUAUUAUCCCUUUCAUCCUUAUUUCGUUUUCAUCUUUUUUCCUCUUUAACUUUCCUGCUGUGGUCUCCACACCGAUUUGGAUUACAAGGAAUCUUUUCGGCACUAUUUCUCCAACCGAGUGAAAGAAUUUGGAUUAUCCUCUGAGGUCGACUGCGUCCUUCACCAUCUGAAGGAUCUAUCUGCUUAUCCGCUCCACCUGGAACAACUUAGAUGAGCUCAACCUGCUUAUAACUCACCAAGCAAAAGGCCUGCACCAACAACUGAUCACUCCAGCUGCAAAGUUCGUACGACACUGAAACCACUUUCUCUCUCUCUUGUGAGCUCUGUCAGCUUUUCAUCACACCUGGACAGACUCCUUAUCUCACGUUUCUCCCUUGUCUUUGCACUUAUCGUUGCAUGGUAGUAAGCCAUGGCGCUGCUGAAGAUAAAGUUCAGCCAGCAGAGGCGGGUGCGUCUGGCCCAGGGCCUCUGGCUGCUCUCCUGGCUGGCAGUAAUGUGUGGGGCCUUCAUCUUUUGUCUGGGGGUUUAUCUCAAGAUCGAGCUGCUUCGUAGAGACGAGGUGAUGGAGAACACAGAGAUCCACGUAGUACCAAACCUCCUAAUGUUGGUCGGCCUGGCCUCCAUUGGAGCCAACUGGGUUGCCAGUCGGGUGUGCCAGGACUCUCUGGAUGCCAGCCGCUUCCCCCGCUGGAAGGUCCUCUUGCUGGGCUGGUAUGCUGUGGCCGCUCUGCUGUGCUGCCUGCUCCUUGCUGUGGUCGUCCUCAGUUAUGUCCUGCAGGGGAGGCUGGAAGAGUCGCUGAAGGUGGGCCUGAGGAACGGCAUCCGGUUCUACAAGGAUACGGACGUCCCCGGCCGUUGCUUCCAAAAGGAGACCAUUGAUCGUCUGCAGAUGGAGUUUCGCUGCUGUGGAAACAACAACUUCAAGGACUGGUUCGAGGUUCAGUGGGUCAGCAACCGAUACCUGGAUUUCACUUCCCAGGAAGUCAAGGAUCGUAUACGGAGUAACGUGGACGGCCGCUACCUGUUAGAUGGAGUUCCUUUCAGCUGCUGCAACCCUGCCUCCCCUCGGCCUUGCCUGCAGAACCAGCUGACAGAUAGCAGGGCCCACUACAACUAUGAAUACCAAUCAGAGGAGCUCAACCUGUACAGCCGCGGCUGCAGGCAGGCUUUAACAGACUACUACAUGGGUUUGAUGAACUCGACCGGACCUGGUGUGCUCUCAGUCAUCUUAAUUCAGCUGUCUGUGCUCCUGAGCAUGCGUUACCUGCAGACAGCCGUGGAGGGAGCAAUGGCUCUGGAGACUCCAGAGGGUGAAAGUGAGGGUUACAUCCUGGAGAAGGACGUAAAGGCAACCUACGCUGACGUCAAAGCCAAGGCUCUUGACCUCCUAAAGUUUGCCCAAGUCGAUCCGGCUUCCGAAGCCGCAGGGGCUGAAGAGGGGGAGAAAGAAGCUGAAGCCACGGCGAAGGCCGCCACGCCACCUCCGGCCAGCUAGAACAAGGAAAACCAAAAAGAUAUAAAAAUGAUGGGAGGCAGAGUGAGGGUCUGUGUUUUAUUUAUUUAUUUUCAUUUUUGGUUGUGUGACUUGGAUGGCAGCAGGAAGGACACCUGUUGGGUUUUGAGACCAGUAGGCUUGAAUUGUGCUCCAUCUUUGAAGCAGCCACAGCUCCCUUGAACAUGACCAGAACAGGGCAACACAAACGAAAAAUAAAUCUUCUCUGUGCAGGACACCAUGAACCAUCAGAGAAUCCGCUCACGAGGUUGUGUAGUACUUUUUGUUUCUUUUCUUUUUUCUAGAAGACAUUCAAAAUUUACUCAGGUGUAGCAUAAGCACAGAAAAACAUAUCUGACAUGUUUUGAGUCAAAUUUGGGAAAGUUAAACUCAGAAAGCUAAGUUUUAUCCCAUGUGCACUGUAUUAUUCAUCUCUCUGCUGUAGAGUUUGUACUGAACUGCAAUGAAAUGUUUAGGCACUUGUUAAACUGGCACAUGAAUAUUAAAUUAAAGGUAGACAUUUUUAACUGC